AUGUCCCUCCUCAUCACUCUCACCAGAUUCUUCAAAGUCGUAAUCAUCGCCUUCUCCAUCGCGAUUAUCGUGUUGGGUGCUGUAUAUACCAGAGACGUAAGCGACUGGUUUAGCCAUGCCCGCUAUGCAUCAGCCGUCGCCGCUCUCCUCGCCGCAUCAGCCUUAAACCUCCUCACAACCCUCAUCCCGCUCACAUACGGUGGUUUAUCCGUCGGCCUCAACGUUCUCCUCUACCUCUUCAACUUCCUCUUCACAUUCGCAACUGCAAUCGCUGUUGCUGCCCUGAGAGAAGGCAGAGGCGGUAUGGCUUACUGCCGCGACUUGCAACCAAACAGGAUGUUCUCGCACUGUUUCGACCAGUAUCUCGCUCUCAUCGUAUUAGGCUUCCUCCUCGCCUUCUUCGACCUCUUCCUCGUCAUCAUUUACCCCAUCGCGGUGAUGCUCCACAACAAACGCGUCAACCAGUCAAAUGGGUUUAGAACGAGGACUGACAGUCUCUUACCAAAGCAGCAGGAAAAUUGA